AUGUCUGAAGACUGCUGUGCUCUGAAUGCUGACGGCACCCUCAAGGAUGCUUCUGAAAUUACCUUUUUUAAUGAUCCUGACGAUAAAGUACCAUUGCCCCAGGUCGCAUCUUCUGCCCAGCCAUCCUCUUCCACUACAUCCGCAAAGGACACCUUCUCCAUUCUGCUCAAGGCUGGAUGCACCCCAGCAACAGUUGCAGCUGGAUCUAGGCGCUCUGGCUGGCCCUCAAAACCAUCGGCUCGUAUUCGCGAUGCUGACAAUGCCUGCGGUCUGUCUUCGUCAACUAACCGAAGGGGCAGUUCUGUUCCCUCUGAACAUGCUUUCUCCAGCGCAGGCAUCACAUCAACUCUGCGCCGCAACGCACUUGCAUCAUCCACUUUCUCCGCGCUACAAUUGAUGAAGGCAGCCUAUAAGAAUGGACAUGUGUCAGCAGCAGUAGAGGCAGAAGGGUAUGCAGUUGGUAUGCAGUUAGACUAG